AUGCCGUACGAUCCCAAGAUCACCGUCAAGCACGGCGAAUACGCUCCCCAGGACAAUAAGGACCGGGUGCAUGAUGACGUGGAGCUGCCCUCCGACAGACCCAUUCUGGACGAGAAGGAUUCUAGAGACUCACUGUGGCAGAUGUGUUUCACCUACGCUCUCCAGUACUACGACAAAGCGCUCCUGAGCCAGGCCGCCAUCUUCGGAUUGAGGGAUGAUCUCGGACUUGAAGAUGGACUGCGAUACUCAUGGGUGUCGUUGAUCUUCUACUUUGGUUACAUGGCAGGCUGUUAUCCGACAUACUCUAUCCGCGUCGUCUGUCCAAUUAUCUGCUUCCUAUGGGCCGUGGUAGUCCUUUGCACCCCAGCAUGCACAAGCUACGCCGGCAUCCUCGUCAACCGCUUCAUGCUGGGUGUCAUCGAGAGCGGUGUCUCCCCCAGCUUCAUGCUCUGCACAGGGAUGUGGUACACCCACUCCGAACAAGUUCUCCGCUCCUCGCUAUGGUACUCCUUCAGCGGCGGUUCGAACAUUGUCUCCCCUCUCAUCAACUAUGGCUUAGGCCACAUCACAGGCGGAUCCAUGCAUCCCUGGCAAUACAUGUACCUCAUCGCCGGCCUCGCAACCCUCCUCUGGGCUGUAGCGCUAUGGUUCAUAUUCCCGGACAGUCCGCAGGUCGCCAAAGGAUUCACUGUCGAGGAACGCAUCCUCCUUCUUGAGCGCGUGCGUAGCAACAACGCAGGGUCAGAGAAUAGGAAUUUCAAAUGGUACCAGAUGCGCGAGGCGCUCUUCUCCUACCACUUCUGGUGCAUCUUCCUGCUCUCCACGCUCUCCAGUAUCGGCAGCGGGGCAGUCACUACAUUCGGCUCUAUUGUAUUUAAGGGCAUGGGCUUCUCCAUGUUCCAGUCCCUGCUCCUGAAUAUGCCAAUUGGCGCUCUGGCAUUCAUCUGCGUUCUAGGGUCGGGGUAUAUCGGCCGAAAUGUGCCAAAUUCACGGCUCCAUGUUGUCAGCGGAGCCUGCGUGCCUGUGAUAAUUGGGAGCUGCUUGGUAUGGCGCCUCCCCGACUCCCAACGUGCCGCACGGAUCAUUGGCUUCUACCUAAUCAAUUUCUUCUCUUCAGCUUGGGUCCAGUGCAUUGCCAUGGGAACCUCCAAUGUAGCCGGACACACGAAGAAAACUAUAAUGGCAGCGGGGACGUUCAUCGGGUACUCGCUAGGCAACAUUAUUGGGCCUUUGACAUUUGAUGCGAAAGAUGCCCCGCGUUACGAUCCUGGAUUCCAGGCAACUGUUAUCUGCUUCGGGAUUUGCUUUGUUCUUGCGCAAGUGUUUCGGGUGCUUAUCCGCGCGCAGAAUAAGCGGAGGGAUCGCCAGUAUGGUGUGCCGACGAGUGAACAUGGGCUGGAGGACUUGACGGAUGGGAUGAACAAGUCAUUCCGGUAUCCUCUGUGA